AUGUUGAUGGUGAAUAAUAUUCCACCAGUAACGAAGGUCUACUUCGCUAUUUCAACUCUAUUGAUGAUUUUGUGUACAUUAGAUAUCAUUUCACCAUUUAACUUGUAUUUGAAUUGGUUGCUUGUGAUCAACGAAUACCAAAUAUGGAGAUUGGCAACUUGUUUCUUCUUCUUUGGGACAUUUAGCUUACACUUCUUCUGGAAUGCAUAUGUUCUUCUUUAUUACUGCGCAUCCUUGGAAGACGUAGUUUUCCACAGUAGGCCAGCAGACUUUCUUUGGAUGUUAAUCACAUGCUCAUGGAUGCUCCUUCUCCUCUCAUAUUUCUUUGGAGCAGGGUAUCUUUUUAGUGGUGCUGUUAUUAAUGUAAUGACUUACAUUUGGGGAAGAAGAAACCCAUCUGCCAGAAUGUCAGUUUUUAUAUUCACUGUAAGAGCUCCUUACUUGCCUUGGGUAUUAAUGGGUAUGGGUUUGGUUAUUGGAUGGAGACCUUGGGAUAAUUUAAUGGGGAUUAUUGUGGGACACACCUACUACUUUUUUGAGGAUAUUUACCCUCUAAUGCCAGUUUCAAAUGGUUUUCGACUUUUUAAAACACCUAGAAUAAUAACUAAAUUAAUGAAACAGGAACAAAACUAA